AUAUGCAGAAACUGGUACGGGAUGCCGGUGCUGCUAGUAACGCCCAGUACUGGGCAAGCACCUGCCCAUAUCCAUAUGCUUCGGAUUUUAGAAACCCGGAUGACGGGACCUUCCUUCCGGAUGCAAGGAAGACCCCUCAAUAUUCCCAUGGAUGUAGCCAGAGUACAGUAGUUGGUGGCUAUGGUCAGGCAUGGGAUAUUUCUGACAUGGGCCGGGUAUCGUGGACUUCGGCCGUUGCCGCCUGGUACAGCGAAAUUUAUUACUUUAGUGGUUGCGAUGCACCGUACAAUAAUAUUAACCUUACAUGGGACACCUACACGCAGGUGAUGUGGGCAGACACUGCGGCCAUCGGAUGCGGACAAGCGAUGUGUAAUAACUACAUAAUCAGCCCCGGAUCUGCCGGUUAUACUCCCGAAGUGAAACUGUACGUUUGCAACUACUGUCCUGGGGAAAAUAGAAAAGUUUGCUUUGUCUGCACUUAGGGGCAAUGUGAGAAUUCCAGGUCAAGGUUACGCC